UCGGUCGCCCCAGCCCUAUUGGUCAGUAAAACUAAGCGGAGGUAAGGAAAUACUUUUCAGCACUGCUAACAACAACACGGCUAAAGGAACCUCUUAAAGUCAACGGUGCAGCAGGCACACGGCCAUUAAGGACGGACUUGAUCUCCGCCCCGUACAACAUAUCACAUCUGAGCGAUGUUUUAGCCACUUGGGAGGGUAACAAGGCGGCUGAAGUUUGCGCAUAGCUCGCUGACGUUAGCCGGGGAGGUAAAGAAGAAGAAGACGAAGACAUGGAGUUGGACGACGUCGUCCUCUACCAGGACGACACUGGCGGCUCGACCAUGAUGUCCGAGCGGGUCUCGGGUCUGGCCAAUUCUAUUUACCGCGAGUUCGAGCGGCUCAUUGGGAGGUACGACGAGGACGUGGUGAAGCAGCUGAUGCCGCUGGUCGUCGCCGUGCUGGAGAACUUGGACUCGGUGUUCGCUGUCAACCAGGAGCACGAAGUGGAGAUCGAGUUGCUGAAGGAGGACAACGAGCAGCUCGUUACUCAGUACGAGCGAGAAAAGUCCUUUAGAAAGCACAUCGAAGAGAGGUACAUUGCAGUGGAAGACUCCCUGGAUGGUGAGAGAAAGGAUCUUCAGGAUCGAGUGGUGACUUUGGAGUCACACUCACGUCAGUUGGAGCUAAAAAUGAAAAACUAUGCAGAUCAGAUCAGCAGAUUUGAAGAGAGGGAGGCGGAACUCAAGAAGGAGUACAGCGCUCUUCACCACAGACACACUGAGAUGAUACAUAGCUACAUGGAGCACUUGGAGCGAACUAAACACCAGCAUGCAGUGACAAUAGAGCCCGCAGACUCCAGUACUGGCACACCAGCUAGGAUACGGAAGGAGCGUCCCAUUUCCAUCGGCAUCUUUCAUGUUCCAGGGAUUGAUGGCUUGACCUCUGACCUCCAAAGUCAGCCUGUGGAUGUGAAUUCUGAACAAUGGAGAUUCAAUAACCUCAGCCAUCCAAGGUCCAACACCAGUCUCAAGGAUGAACUGGCCAAUACAAGCCAUGAAGGGUCCAAGUCUAACACUUCAACCAACCAGCCAAGUGUCUCCAGACAGGAAGGAGCAACAUCAAAUGCCAACGCCCCUAAACCCUCUCAGACGGGUAGUUUAAAAUCAAACACCGCCACACCCACACACUGUUGUGACUUUCAAACGUCAAGGCCGCUGUCACCUAAUGGCACAGCAGGUGAUGCGAGUUCUAUAUCUAGCCAAGUCUCGGCUACACCCCUCUCUUUUGCUGCAUCGAAUGUUGCAAUGGAAUCUGUAGGUACACCUCAGGAACAAGAGCGCUUGGCUGGGCAGACACAGAACCUAGACUGCAACAGUGGCAAACCAGACAACAAUGGAAAAGACAACCUGGAAAAGUCGUCUGAGGUGUUUGCGAUCAUAGAGUCUACUCCUGAGCUGGAUAUGAACCUUGACGGCUGCAAAGCAACAAGCACACCGACGAAAGGCGGUGUAGAGAAUCUAGCAUUUGACCGGAACACGGACUCGCUGUUUGAAGAGCUGUCUUCUGCAGGAAAUGAAUUCAUUGGAGAUGUGGAUGAAGGAGCAGACCUGCUUGGCAUGGGUCGUGAAGUUGAGCAUCUUAUCCAGGAGAAUGCACAGCUUCUGGAGACAAAAAAUGCUCUGAAUGUGGUGAAAAAUGACCUCAUCGCUCAUAUGGAUGAGCUGACCUGUGAGAAAGAUGUUUUGCAAGGGGAGCUCGAUGCCAUCCGCCAGGCCAAGAUCAAACUGGAGGAAAAAAAUAAAGAUUUAGAGGACGAAUUGAAGGGGGUUCGAGCUGCACUUGAGGAUAGUAAACAAAAGGCUAAGACGGACGAUGAUGAUAGUGACGUGCCGACAGCACAGAGGAAACGCUUCACCAGGGUGGAAAUGGCCAGAGUCUUGAUGGAGAGAAACCAGUAUAAAGAGAGGCUAAUGGAGCUGCAGGAGGCUGUCAGAUGGACAGAGAUGAUCCGGGCCUCCAAGGAAACCCCGGCUCUUACAGAGAAGAAGAAAUCCAGCAUCUGGCAGUUUUUCAGCCGUUUGUUCAGUUCGUCGGGCGGCGCAUCCAAAAAGCCUGCCGCUGAGGCUUCGGUCAACGUCAAGUACAAUGCACCCACCUCACAGAUUCAACCGUCUGUCAAGAAGAGGAGCACCACCUUGCAGCAGCUCCCCAGCGACAAGAGCAAAGCUUUCGAUUUCCUCAAUGAGGAAUUGGCUGUUGAAAGCAUCAUGUCAAGGCGAGAACAGAAGCGGGCACAGUACCAGCAGGUUAAGGCCCAUGUCCAGAAAGGGGAUGACCGAGUGCAGGCUUACGGCUGGAGCCUACCCAAUAAGUACAAAACUAACGGCGGUCAGGAGAAGAUGAAUGACCUUCCGGUUCCUGUCUUCCUUAGACCUCUGGAUGAGCAAGAUGCUUCUAUGAAGCUGUGGUGUGCCGCUGGCGUGAACUUGUGUGGAGGUAAAACCAGAGAUGGAGGUUCCAUUGUAGGUGCCAGUGUGUUUUACAGUGAUGUGGCUGGACAAGAGAGCUCAAAAAAGAAAACAGGAUCUCAGAACAGCCUGGAUAAACUGGAUCAAGAACUUGAGGAACAGCAGGAAGAACUACGACAUCAGGACGAGUUGUCAUCGCUGGUGUGGAUUUGUACCAGCACCCAGUCAAACACUAAAGCUGUAGUUAUAGAUGCCAACCAGCCUGGAAGCAUCCUGGAUAUCUUCUUUGUGUGUAACGCGCACAUCCUCUGCAUCGCCAGUGUACCAGGUGCAAGGGAGACAGACUAUCCUGCAGGUGAAGAGGUAACCUUGAGUUCAGAAUCUGCACCAGCUGACAAAGCCAGUUUGUCCGACAGCGGUAGCAGUACAGCAGGCAGUGAUGGCGUGCUUGGAGGCAUUACUGUUGUGGGCUGUACAGCUGAGGGAGCAACAGCUGUCCCUCAGACAGCAGGUAGUGCAUCCCAAGAAAAUGGAGAGACAGAAUCCAGACAAGCAGAGGCCGCUGAGGAUAGUGGAGAGUGCGCUGGUGAGAAAGAAAACCUAAAAGGAGUCCACACUGAACAGGUCUUCACUGAUCCUCUGGGAUUUCACCAAGCAUCAGGCACCCCAGCCAACUACUCUCAAAGCAGAUGUGACCUGGUGAAAGAUGGCGUGAGUUCAAACACCAAAGCAGAAGAGCAGGACCUGAUGAGAGAAGAGGCCCAGAAGAUGAGCAGCGUCCUGCCCACCAUGUGGCUCGGGGCACAGAAUGGAUGCGUGUAUGUCCACUCUUCGGUGGAACAGUGGAAGAAGUGUCUCCACUCUGUAAAGCUGAAAGACUCUGUGCUUGGCAUUGUACACGUCAAAGGGCGUACCCUGGUUGGCCUGUCUGAUGGCACGUUAGCCAUCUUCCACCGUGGAAUUGACGGCCAGUGGGAUCUGACUAACUACCACCUGCUUGACUUGGGGAGACCUCACUCUUCCAUCCGGUGCAUGACUGUGGUACACGACAAUGUGUGGUGUGGCUUCAGGAAUAAGAUCUUUGUGGUGCAGCCCAAAGCUAUGAAGAUAGAGAAGUCAUUUGACGCUCACCCUCGUAAAGAGAGCCAGGUGCGGCAGCUGGCUUGGGAUGGUGACGGCAUCUGGGUGUCCAUCAGGCUAGACUCCACUCUCAGGUUGUUCCACGCCCGCACCUUCCAGCACCUGCAAGACGUGGACAUCGAGCCCUACGUCAGCAAGAUGUUGGGUACGGGGAAACUGGGCUUCUCGUUUGUGCGCAUUACGGCUCUCAUGGUGUCGUGUAAUCGUCUGUGGAUUGGCACCGGCAACGGAGUCAUCAUUUCUAUACCUCUGGCAGAGACAGCUAACAAGCUAACCAAAGGAUCAGGAAGUGAUGUUCGAAUCUACGGUGACGAGAGCAGUGACAAAGUAGCAGCAGGGACAUUUGUUCCUUACUGCUCCAUGGCUCACGCUCAGCUCUGUUUCCAUGGACACCGGGAUGCGGUCAAGUUCUUCACCGCCGUACCAGGUCACGCCAUUCCGUCCGCGUCCAGCUGCGGCGAAGCGUCAGGUGGCAAGACAUCAGACGCCACAGCUCAGGAAGGAACCAAGUCCGUGUUGGUGAUGAGUGGAGGAGAAGGUUACAUAGACUUCAGGAUGGGGGAUGAGGAAGGCGAUGCGGCCGAGGGGGAGGACCCGCCCAUGAAACUGCAGUCGCCCCUGGCGAUAGCUGAGCGCAGCCACCUCAUUGUCUGGCAGGUGCUGGACAGCGAGAACUGACCUUUGACCCGUGACUCUGAAUGAGGCGCUCAAUCAGCACUUUUGAAAGUCAGUUGUUUUCAGUUUCAACACCUGACUUCUUCAAUACAAAAUGUAUUUAUUCUUUCAGCACAUAUAUUUUUAUGACAUUCAAGGACAAAUGUCUGGUUUAAUGCGUGUGUAUGAGCAAUAAUUCAAUGAUUACUUUUUUCAACACUCAAAUUAUAAGCCACUGGCUUUUAUCUAUGCCCCGUUUUUUCCUAAAUCAAAACUUGAUUGACUAUUCUAUAAAGUACAGUAUUGUGCUCUG